AUGAACUUCCACGACCGACACAAAUAUGAAAAUGUGUCUUCAGAUGAAGAAUCAUCCUCUGAGGCUUCUAUCAGACUGCAGAAAAUCUUACGACCCACCAUCUCCAGAGCCACAAUCAUUCGGGAAUCUAUUCUCAUUCUAUUCGGCCUCGCAAUUGGGCUGACCGUGGCCUUUUCCAUCAACUACAAAGAAGCCGGUCUUACAGCUGAGUUGGGCCAAUGCUGGGUCUAUGGAAACAACACACCCAUUCCAGCGGACGUUAUAGAACGAGUACCAAAAGUCUUCGAACCAGACCCCCGGUACUUUGGAAACUCUGAGCAGAUUGAUCUUAAUUGGCAAACACUAGUUGAUUCCGACGCAAUCUGGAUUGGGAAUCCAGAAGAAUACGGUCUUGGAGAGGGAAUGCAGCCUCCAAAGCAGUACCCAUUACCGUACACCAACACCUCAGUACUCCCGUCGAACUUUUACGAUGUCUCUACUCUACACCAAGUCCACUGUCUAAGCAAAAUUCGGAGACGAUACUGGCAGCUCAUGACGGUGGGAUAUCAGGCGGAUGACCCCAACAACGCAGAAAUGGAAUCUCACGUGGAGCACUGCAUUGAAUACUUGCGUCUCAGUCUGGCAUGUGGAGAUUUCCUGGUUGUGGAACCUAAUGAUUCAGGAUGGGGUCUUGAGCGUCAAUGUAUCAACUAUCAGAAGCUGCGAGUUUUCCAAGAUAGCCAAGCAGCGUUGUACAUAAAGUCGUGGGCGGAUUCGGGUUCGAGGCCUAUAUAG